AGUGAAGGCCAAAUCCCUCUAUCAGAGGCUCUAAGAGCCAUAGUUCGCUUCAUCAAAGGCCUUGCGGGCUCUCUUCAGCUCCUCGUUCAUCGUCAAGAGGUCUUUCACUCGGGCAAACUUCCUUGGAUCUUUCCGGAUAAGGAAAACAAUGUCCUCCACCUGGACACGGCCCUGGCGUCCGAUGGACAUGGCUUUGUGUGUCAUCUCCGUGACGAACUCGAUCACAAGGUCCUCCAGGAUAUCCACCGACUCGGUGUAGGGAUUCUGGUCAUCUCCAAAUCCAUACAUCAUACACCGAAGUUCUUUAGAGAACAGCCUUUUCCUUUUGCCGUGGUUCCCAUCGGCUCCACCCGCCCCGUCAUCCAAAUCAUCGUCAAAACCAGCUUCGUCUUCCUCCUCCGCCAUCCUCACAGACCCAAAUGUGUACUAGAGCUAGCAAUUGUAGCUAACGCUAGCUGGCUAUGGGAUUAUCUAGCUAGUUACAAAGCCCAGUGUGUCCAACGAUAUUUCGCAAACAGUGCAGGUUAGAUGCAAUUAGAGCCCUGACCGGGUAUUUUUUUUGUUGCGUUGUGGCGGCUUUUUGACUUUAUAUCAAUUACAAAAACAAGAGGGUCACGACAACAACUCCUCAACCAAAUGGUCCAUUUCUUCUUCACUGUAGUUGCCGGAAGUAGCUACAGCAACUGGCUGCGUUGUUUUGCUUGGAAAAACAAAAAUACUGCCACCUAGCUGCAGUGCUGGAGUCGGGCGCACUUGAUUCAGGUCAGCAAUCGCACCGGGUAGGCAGAGUGAUCCAUUGCAUUGGACCAAGGUCUACAUUUCACCAAGCACCGACGCGCGUCGGGGAAGCAAAAUCAAGUGCAUCGCUUGUCUGGCUGUGCUCAGUCCACGUAGAGCCUGUGGGUUAUACUGAUGAAUCGAUGCCAUGGCCCGCGUGUAGAGUGGUCUAACUGGCAACAACAAACUUUCAGCACAUUGUUCCUGUUUGAAGACGGUGCCUCUGCAGUAGUUCCUGUGGGGAAGGGUGAAGCAGCACCAUGGCUUGCCCUGUCCAGUUCCUAUGCCGGGCUGUCCGCACUGUGGGCCUGGUCCUCGUUUACUAUGUCUUCUCCAUCGGCAUCACCUUUUAUAACAAGUGGCUGAUGAAGGGCUUCCACUACCCACUGUUCAUGACGCUGCUCCACCUCACCAUAAUAUUCUGUCUCUCUACCCUGACCCGCUCGGCCAUGCAAUGCUGGACAGGGAAGCCUCGGGUCAUGUUGAACUGGACAGACUACCUCACAAAGGUUGCCCCAGUCGCCAUUGCAACAGCGCUGGACAUUGGACUCUCCAAUUGGAGCUUCCUCUUCAUCACCAUCAGCUUGUACACAAUGACCAAGUCUUCUGCAGUGCUCUUCAUCCUCUUCUUCUCAUUGGUUUUUAAACUAGAGCAUCCGAACCCAUACCUGAUCGUGGUGGUCCUUCUGAUAGCCAGCGGCCUGUUCAUGUUCACCUUCAAGUCGACCCAGUUCAACCUGAAGGGCUUCAUCAUGGUACUGCUUGCAUCGUUCAUCGGUGGGAUCCGGUGGACCCUCACGCAGGUCCUGAUGCAGAAAGCAGAGCUGGGGCUCCAGAACCCAAUAGACACCAUGUACCAUCUACAGCCGCUCAUGUUCAUGGGACUCUUCCCGCUCUUCCUCUUCAACGAAGGGCUGAGCCUAAGUACCUCAGAGAAGCUGUUCCGUGUAAAUGAGCUCUCUCCCCUGCUCUACACUCUGGUCAUGCUGAGUAUAGGCGGAUCACUGGCCUUUGGCCUGGGCUUCUCUGAGUUCCUGCUAGUCUCAAAGACCUCCAGUCUCACUUUAUCCAUAGCAGGGAUCUUUAAGGAGGCGUGUACUCUGCUGCUGGCAGCAGGCCUGAUGGGGGACAGGAUGAGUGGACUCAACUUGAUGGGUUUCGCUGUCUGUGUUUCUGGCAUCUCCCUGCAUGUGGGGCUGAAGACCUACUAUUCCAAAAGUAAAAUUCACUCGUUGAGACAGCUGCCCGUUAAAAACAGCCAGGACCUGGAAGUACCACUAUUAUGUCAUAAGGAAGACGAGGGGGAGGAGACAGCUGCUGCUGAUGAUGAUGAUGAUGAUAAAGAGCAGGAGAUUCUACUCUGAAACAAACAAGAUGGCUGACUGUCUUGUUCCAGAGAGGCAAAGAGAAGGGAUCACUGCCUCGACCUCCCUUUCCAACCAAAGUGCAGGAGUUGAGAAGGAUAUUCUGGAACACUUGGAGGACAAAUGGAAUUAAAUAAAAGUGUAUUUAUUGCAAUGUGUUUUGUCUUUUGGCCUUCUUCAGAGAGGCCACAGAGGAACAGAAAGGAAGGCUUCCAACCCUCCUCUACAGACAACAUUCUCUUCAGCAUUUGUCCAAAAUCGCUGAGCAUUACCGACAGUAACACGGACGGACACACUAAACUUUACCAAAUGCAUUUACUGUUGCCUUUUCAGGGCCUUCAGUGAUGUGAAAGAAAAGUGUUUACCUUAUAAUGUGAAAUGACCAAACCAUAUGUGCCAUUAUAAUGAUAAAUGUUUCUAGAAAUGGGGGACCACUUGCCUAAACAUCAGACUGUUACCAUGGUUACUCCAUGAUUGUCAGUCUGACUGAAGUCGCCCUAAAAAAAUAAACAAUAUUCUCUAUAAGCCAAAAUGUUGAAUAAAAUUAUAUUUACACAUACUUUACUGCUUGUACGUGCUGUUGGUCCUUCUGGCGGUAGGUGGAGAUAGGGUAUCCACAGCAAAGUGUUGUUUACCUGGCUUUUUGCGGUGCCAGUAGGUUCUGUCGCUUGUAUUUUCAAUCUCUUGACUCAUUGCACGUGCUGCACAAUAUGUAAACAAUAGCUGUUUGCCAUUCGGUGUGUGGUUUGGCUCGGCCAUAUUGGGCAAGUGUUCGUCACGUGCAAAUUGCAUCAGUAUUGAAAAUAAAAACAGGAAAUACAAACUGAUAUACAGACCACUGUACUAAAGGCCGUGUUGAUAAUACUUCCCUGUGGAUAUUUUGUAUUCAAUUACGUCCGACAUAGGGACAACAUUUUCUGAAAUGCUAACCCUCCAUGUUAGAGGCGAGUGUGUAAAUAUUUCAUUUUAGUAAUUUAGCAGACACUCUUAUCCAUAGCGACUUACAGUUGAGAGCACACAUUUGUCAUUACCUUUUCAUACUGGUCCCCCAUGGGAAUUGAACCCUCAACCCUGUUGUUGCAAGUGCCAUGCUCUACCAACUGAGCUACACAUUGUCAAAUGCUAAUUAAAUUUGAUUAUUGGAGCUAAAGCAAUUUCUAAACAAUUAGGUUGUCAUUUGUUUAUAUUGAAUUGGGUAAGCACAGAGCUUUUGUUGCUGCUACUAUGUACUGUAUGUUCUGAAAUAAAACAUUUGCACAAUUA